AUGGAGUUCAAUAAGUCAAUUUCCAUCGUUUUAUUUUCGUAUUUGAUUCUUUCAUUGUCCACCCCGUCCUCUGCGUCGACAUCUAAAUCAGCAUCUCCAUCUCCAUCGGCAUCUCCAUCAGCAUCUCCAUCGACAUCUACAUCGUUAAUUAACGAUUCUUCCGUCGAAAAAAUUUGCCAUGUUACUGAAAACCCGACACACUGCAUUAAGUUUCUCACACCGUUAACCGGAUCAUCAACCGAUCCCGUUUCAGCUCUCAACGUGAUAGUAGACGCCUCAUUUAAGAAUGUAGAAACCGCAGUUGCCGUAAUUCAAAAGGCAAGAAAAGAUCAUGCGGUACGAAAGGAAAAGUCCGAGCUCCUUAAGAUUUGUUUAGAAUCUUAUGCUGGGAUUAUGACCAACCUUUUUAAGGCUUCCAUUGAAAUUUCUGCUGAAGAUUUUAAAGCGGUUAAUAAUUUAUUUUCUGGUUCCAUUAAAUUUAUUGAUGUGUGUGAAAAAACUUUUGCUGAACAUAAAUCACCCGUCAAGAAGAUUGAUGCUGCAUUUGCCGAAUUGCUCGGAUAUGGAGUGGAUAUUUCUAAGACCUUAAUUAAAUAA